UCUCUCUCUCUCUCUCUCUCUCUAGAGGGACACGAGCGCCGCGUCUUGCAAUGCGGUGCAGUGGCCCUUGUGCUCACCCUCCAUCUCUCUCAGUAUUCUGCCAAUAUCAAGGUCUUCUUCGUCGCUCUGUUUUGAUUUCCUUUCAAUUCUAUUUCCCACGACUCACUCUGUCAUGUCAUUGUUCUCUACAUUAUAAUAUAUUAAUUAUAUCUCUGGUUAAUCCCUUUUUUAAGAUCUGUCCUUUUUUUCAACUGCAUUUCACUGAUCAUGUCUUUGUUUAACUGAGCUUUUGCUGACACUAUUGUCUUUUAUAUGUGUAAUCCAUUGGACUCUUUAGAUAUGCACGCACAGAAUUCCUUAAUUGUCGUCGGCGUACAUCUGCACACACUGUUAUCACACACAUGCAGUACAUGUGGAGGGGGAGUUUGGUUUCCCUUUCAUCAUCUGUGCAGCGCCGCAGGGUUGUACAACCCAUCGGCUUGAUCUCUGAAGUUGAAAAAGAAAACCCACCCAGGAACUCUUUCAUCUCAUGCGUUCUUCCCCCCCAAGCUUCUUUUCUCUGUCGCCGUUUUCACAGGAGCUGCACUGGACCGAGGCCAGGAACAAAUGUGCUAACUGACCCACAGCCGAUACGACACUGUUUGUUUUGUCUGUGUAUUUAGGUGAGAGAUAAUCGUUUGUUUUUCCUCGUGUAUGUGUCUGUCUGUUUCCAUGUGUCCAUGCUUUCUUAUCAUCCAUUCAAAACAGGCAGUCGGAGGAGAAGUUGGAAAAAUCGGUGACGGAUUAAUUAGUUGAUAUUGUAAGAAAACAGAAACGCAGAGAAUACACUGUAAUUUAAGUACUUGUAUGCAAAUUCUGCCAGUAUGUGUGGCUACAUGUAUGUGGCUACAUACACGUGUGCUGGCCGUCCUCAAAAGAGCCGUCGAUAUGUUUGAAGCAACAUUACCAGCGCAUCUUGGACAAAAUGAUUCAUACAUCCUUGUUUUGCCUUUUGUGUGCGUGUGUGUGUGUGUGUGGUAAUGCCCACCUACCCAACUGGGUUGAAAAUUAAGGUAUCCUCAGACUUUACCUUGUUCUCCUCUCGCCUCAUCAUCCAAUCUCCCCUCUUACCCCGAAUCUCCUGCCCUCCUGCUUCCAUCCUCCUCCCUGAGCACCUUCUCUUCCACACCUGCAGAAGUAAGGAAGGUUUCGCAGCUGAGGCUUCGAGUCCUUGUUAGUGUUUUGCACAUACUGUGAAUGGUAACGCGUAACAGCUCACAUGCCUGUUUCACUGGUGUCAGUUGACGAUCUAUCGGCUUGGCGACGGCCCCAAACUCAUUUCGCUCAAGGCCCCGACCUUGAUAGAGCACACGUCUUUCACAGGAUAACACAAUCCUAUUGGACGGCUCAAGCCGGACUUGGUAACUGUUGUUAUGUAGGUAGAUAAAAAAGAAUAUAAAAAAAGAUCAUGAAAUGAUAAUAUUCUGCUUGUCUAGUUCAAGCAGUUGUUCAAAUUCAAAAUUCAUUGGGGAGUCAGAAACACAACGCAAUAUGAAUAACGUUCAUGUUCCUCUGUUCCUCUCUACUGUUAGAUGUCAAAAUAGGCAACUAAAUGAAAUUAGGCAAUGACUACUAUUUUUUGUUAAACAGCGUUAACAACUGUAGCAUUUACUUUGUGUAAAUGCCGUGUUUUCUUCACACAUCUUCUCAUAAAACAUCAGUUUUUCAGGUUUAAAGUUUCACCUCAAAAUCAACCAACAGCUUUUUGCACAUAAAGCAGCAGACAAGUAUGCAAAAACAACAUCCUGUAACAUAGUGGUACUAAAGAAAAUGGGAAAGGCAGCAGAUUAUUAACCCAUGAGGCAUGGGCGUUAUAUGUUACAUUAAACUGGUUUAAUGUAUUUUCAGCCCUUAUACCACUCUCCUAAAUACUUGAAUGUCCCUCGUAAGCCGUCAACAAACCGAAAUCCAUGACUCCAUGCGGUAAAUUUGAUUCAAUGUACACAACUGUCUCUUAUUUGUCCAUAGGAUUUUUCUAUUUUAGCAGUAUUUGUUGCUGAGAGGCAGGUCAGCAGUAAAGCAAAUAUUGAGCGCGGGCUUAUUUGCUUCGGCGCUGGGAGUUUGUAGGCCAUGCCGAAAGCCCUCGCCGCCUGCCAAAUGUCUCAUCUGACUGGCGUGGAGGUUUGUUGCUCCCUUCCAAAAACACGGUAGACCACUCUUCAUUAAAGGAAGCAAAUAGAAGCACAUCCCAACAGAAAACCAAUACAAGCAAACAGAGCCAAUUGGUUCUGAAGAGACGAAUUUAACAGGGUGGAUAUGAUUACCUCAGACACCACUUCUCGCCCGGUUCCACAAACAACAGUUAGGCAAGUCAAUUUGCUUUAAUUUCAUUGGAGGAGAAAUAACGCCAGCGAGCCAGCCAGGUUGAAGCGGUGCUCGACGUGAGUGAGCGUUCGUUAGACAAUAAGGGAUGCGUGUAAUUGGUGAAGUGCCAAAUGCUCCCCCCCCAAAAAAAUAUUCCACCGAAGGAGGAUUUUCUGUUUCAUUAGGCCGUGGUCAGAAAUAAUAAGACGGCCAUCUGUAGACUGAACGAGACGAGGGAGAGCGGAGAGAGGGAGGCUCAUUGGGAAAGUGUUCAUGAUCAGAAAUGGCAGCAAACGCUUCCAGUUCUGUCACAGAAUAUUGAUCAUUGUUAAAGUGGAGAGACGGAUGUUGGUGUGUCUUCUUAUUUGAUCUGUAAUCGUCCUUUUUUUCUGUUGUCAUCUUGUUUAUACGUUGCAUUUUAUCUUCCCCUCUAUCCGCGCUUUUAUAUCAUUUUCUGUCAAGUCAUAAUCGCGCCGGCCCAAUCUUAUGUUUUUCCUUCCGCCGCUGUGUGAGCGUCUUUUUAGUUUACAGCCUUAAUGUAUCACAAACACACACACACACACACACCAGCUCGCUUUCGUGGCCCGUGAUCACACACUGUGCAGCGCGCUCCGAUAGGCACGCAAACGCACACUGAUACGGACACUUUAGAUUCACAAGUGCUUACUCAUCACGCCGCGUGCAGCGGAGACGCUGUGAGCCGCUCGUGUGCUUUGUUUUUCAAUGUGCUGAUUUCUGAGCAGUGCACGGCCUACCAGCUCCUAUUUCUGUGGCCCCCACCGCCCCCCUUUUGUUUUUUCUCUCACACUAUGUGAGGACAACUUCCGCAUUUUUUAUUUUUUUUGUGACAACAAGAACAAGUACGUGACUGGUUUGAGAUAAGACUCCAAUGAAGACGUGGACGGCGGCUCCAUAGCGAGCGGUCUGGUGACGGUUUGUGUGUGAGGAAAGUCCCCCCCCCCCCCAUCAUUUCCAAUCAGCUGCUAGUUCAGCAUGACUAAUGCAGAAAUGACAUGUAUAUCAUUGUUCACGCAGGCUUUCAGUACACACAUACAGUAAUAACGACACACACGGGCUUAUGCACGCUAGCUCACGCUUAUCUUGUUGGCUGACACCAUUUUGCUCUCUAACAAUCUUAGCUAAUUAUAAUUGUUAAUUAAUUCCCUGCCAGUGUCCUCAUCAGGAGACUAAUAACCUACAUUUCCAUCAAUUAGACCUUCAACCCUUCGCUCCCGCUGCCGGUCUCUCCGUCCCACCACAAUCCACCCCUUCGUCCCCCGCACCCGCCUGCUGCUCCCUCCUCCCGCAGAUUGUCCCGUAGAUCACGUGCACACAUGGAAUGUGAUUAAUUCUGUGUGUGUGUGUGUGGGGGUUUCUGUGUGUGUGCGUCGAGCCAUCGAGUUGCGGGGUCGAAGGGAUAAUUGGACAUUUUGGGAAAUACACUUAUUCACUUUCUUGCUGAGAGUUGUAGGAGGCCGAUACCGUUCUCGUGUCUGUACAGUUACUAUGAAGCUAGAGUAGCUGGUUAGCUUAGCUUAGCAUAAAGGCUGCAAAUGAGACAUUGAUUAGCACGUUGCAUGACGUGUUUGUACAGUUGAUUUGUGUGGGGAUUAUGUUGAUCUGUGAGCUUUCAGAGGUGCUGGUGCUUCAUGCUUAGCUAAGCCAACCAGCUGCUGCUUCUUACACACACCAGAUGUGUUUUGUUCUCGGCAAGGAAACAAAUAAGUGAAUCCCCAAAAAUGUUAAACUUUUUCUUUACAGCUUUGUUUGGGAUUCAUUAAUGAAAGCGAUACAAAUAUUAGAAAGAUACACUGUUCCUGUGCCUCAGGAUAAUACAACGCAGAUGUUGAUACAAACACGUGUGUGUGUGUGUGUGUGUGUGUGUCCUUGACAAUGUGAGGGCGAUCAAUGGACAAACAGGUUUUCCCUCUAGGUGACCGUCUUCCCAUCAGGCUCAGCUGACCUGGUUUCAGUGCACACUGGGGCUGCCUUGUCACGUCUCCACUCUGAUCUCAGGACCAAUUGUAGACGCAAUAAAAAUGCUUUUAGCGGCUCCGUAGCAGAGAAAAACUAACAGGGUUGUUUAUUUCACAGGCCCGUUGAUACUCAAGUCUUCUAAGCAGUCAUUUCCGGUUCUAGUUGUCGGUUAAUGCACCUCUGAAGCUCUCUUCUGUUUUCUUCCAGACGCCAUUCUCUCUCUCUCUCUCUCUCGCUCUCUCCCCGUCCUUCCCUCCGUCCAUCUGGCACUAGAGGAAGUGAGAGACAGUUGGCGCUCGCUUGUCCAUACUGUAAUGGUGGUGGCAAAAAUGGCAGCUUCUGUCUCAUCCGUCCUCCUUCCUGUACCUCCCUCACCCUCUCCUGAGAGAAGUAACCCAGAUUUAAAAAUGAAUCGCUGCCUGUUCCCCUCAAUCGCUCUUCUCUCUCUCUCUCUCUCUCUCUCCCUUCGUCUUCCUCGUCCUCUCUCUCUUUCUUUCUCUUGCUACAUCUCUCAUCUUCUUAGUAAAAACAGAGUCAAUCUUGGAAAGAGAAUACCACCUCUCUGUUUUGUCCUCCUCCUCACCCUGCCUCUGGGUUAACGGAUAUACACACCGCUUCCCUCUUCUAUCUUUGGUCCAUUGAAAACUUGAAUCGCUUAUUGGUUUGGCUUUUUUGUAAAUUAUUUUUAUUUAAUUUUAUAUUUUUGGCUGAUUCUUUUUGACUAAAGCACCGUCUUCAUCUGCUUUUUAUUGAGAUAGCCAGCUACAGGUGUGACACCUUACCCUUUCUUUUGAAGUGAGCCCAACAAGGAGAAGAAAGGGAGGAGGAAGAGAAGGAAGCUGUCCUUAAGUCAAGCUAUUCCUCCAAAAUCGCCCAAAAUUCAGGCAACAUGUCCAUCCCGGUGUCCCCUCCCCCCUCCCUCGCCCCGUUGACACUGGUUUCUCCAGCAUCGGCGACCUCCCCCGGUGUCUCCCCGCUGCCCUCGCCCCUCUCCCCUCCAGCCAGGGUGCCCGUGUUCCAGAGGAGGGGGGCGCUCAAACACAAGAGGAUCGUGGAGGUGAAAGACCACCAGUUCACUGCCCGCUUCUUCAAACAGCCCACGUUCUGCAGCCACUGCACUGACUUCAUCUGGGGCAUCGGCAAACAGGGAUUCCAAUGUCAAGUUUGCAGUUUUGUGGUUCACAAAAGAUGCCACGAGUUUGUGACCUUCACUUGCCCCGGCUCCGUGGCGGGCCCCAAACCCGAUGACCUGAAGACUCAACACAUGUUUAAGGUGCAGACUUACUCCAGUCCCACCUUCUGCGACCACUGCGGCUCGCUUCUGUACGGCCUCAUACACCAGGGCAUGAAAUGUGGCUGUUGUGACAUGAACGUCCAUCGGCGAUGUGAGACCAGUGUUCCCAGUCUCUGCGGUCAGGACCACACGGAGAAGAGAGGACGGAUCCACCUUACCGUCAGAGGAGAGAAGGAGGACGUCUUUGUCACAGUGCGGGAGGCUCGUAACCUGAUGCCCAUGGAUCCAAACGGCCUAUCGGACCCGUACGUCAAACUGAAAUUGAUUCCAGACCCAAAGAGCCACAGCAAACAGAAGACCAAGACCAUCCGCUCAACACUCAAUCCCAUCUGGAACGAGAGUUUCACCUUCUCAGUGCGCGGCCCCCAGUGGGACAGGCGUCUCUCCGUGGAGGUAUGGGACUGGGACCGCACGUCCAGGAACGAUUUCAUGGGAGCGCUGUCGUUCGGGGUGAGUGAGAUCUUCAGGCGUCCCAUCAGCGGCUGGUUCAAACUGCUGGCCCAAGAUGAGGGAGAGUACUACAACAUCCCCGUGCCCGACCCGGACCUGGAGGAGCCUCAGUUGGACGGCACCACACCGUCCCUGCCUCAUGCGCUCCCCGCCGCCGCGCUGUCCGAACCAUUCCCAGCGGCUUUGUCCCCGAGCCCUUUGCCCCCCUGUCCACCGGUCCACGCCCUCGGCCCCGCCAAGGUCCAAGUGGGCAUCCUCGACUUCAACUUCCUUAUGGUGCUGGGCAAAGGCAGCUUUGGCAAGGUGCUGCUGGCGGAGGAGCGAGGCAGCGAGCGUCUGUUUGCCGUGAAAGUGUUGAAGAAAGACGUUCUCUUCCAGGACGAGGACACGGAGAGCGCCAUGGUGGAGAGGAGGGUUCUGGCGCUUUCCUCUCGCCCUCACUUCCUCACAUCUCUCUACUGCGCUUUCCAGACUGAGGACCGUCUGUAUUAUGUGAUGGAAUACGUCAACGGAGGAGACCUGAUGUUUCACAUUCAGAUAGUCGGCAAGUUCAAAGAGCCCCAUGCAGCGUUCUAUGCAGCGGAGAUAGCGGUCGGCCUCUUCUUCCUGCACAGCAAGGGCAUCAUCUACAGGGAUCUAAAGCUGGAUAACGUGCUGCUCGACAGCGAGGGCCACAUAAAGAUAGCCGACUUCGGGAUGUGCAGGGAGGGCCUGAUGGAGGGCGACACCACGCGCACCUUCUGCGGCACCCCUGACUACAUCGCCCCCGAGAUCGUGGCCUACCAGCCCUAUGAUAAAGCAGUAGACUGGUGGUCCUAUGGAGUUCUGCUGUAUGAAAUGCUGGCGGGACAGCCCCCAUUCGAUGGUAUUGACGAGGAGGAGCUGUUUCAGUCCAUCAUGGAGCAGAGUGUGGUUUACCCCAAAAGUCUCACUCGUGAGGCUGUCUCCAUCUGCAAGGGACUCCUGACGAAGCACCCGGCCAAGCGCCUGGGCGGAGGAGAGGAUGCCCAGACCGAGAUCAAGGAGCAUCCAUUCUUCCGCUGGAUUGACUGGGACCGCCUGGAGAGACUGGAGAUCCAGGCGCCCUUCAAGCCCAGAACUGGUGGAAGGAAAGGAGAAAACUUUGACAACUUCUUCACAGCAGCUCCGCCGGCACUCACUCCCUCCGACCCGGAUGUGCUAGCGGCCAUCGACCAGGAGGACUUCCAGGGCUUCACCUUCCAGAACCCCGACUUUGCCCCCUCGCCACUCACGGCGGUUUGAAAAUGGCUUCCGAAGCUGCUCCGACAACGCCCUCUCGAGUGUUGUCCAAAAUAGCCUGUUCGUCCCCGUGAUAGUAGUUUUAUCGAAAAAAAUAUCUUCAAAGAUGAGAACUAUUCAAGACAUGUCUCGUAACCAAAUUCUGACGUUUACAAGAAAAAGCCAAGACACCUUUAUAUUUAAGCACUCUUUGUUGGAUGCAUUAUAUAUAUAUUGAUAGUCACAGAAUAUGUUUUAGCCACGCAAACAAAGCCUGCGUAAUACUAUUGAUUUUCAUGUUAGAGGUUUUUGUACAGCCUGAUUUCCAAAACCUGUUCGUUAAAAUGUAUACGAAAAUCUUGAACAUACAAAUUCGUAGUGAUACAUACUAAAUAAAUACAGACUGCAACUGAUGACGUCACUCUAUUCAAAGUGAAUGGGGACCUGCACCCCGUAAACACACUUCGUGAAGUCUAACGAUGUAAAAUAAACGUGUAAUGAUUUUUAACGAGAAAUCAAUGUUAACUUGUAAGAAUAGAAUACUAACCCUAACCCCCUCAAAAAAUCCAACAUAGCGGAGAGACGUUCACUCAAGAAUCCGACAUGGUCUGCCAUGUUGUUCACUCAAGGGGCGGGGUUAACCACCGGCAGGUCGUAGCUAUUGUUACGAAUUUGUAUGUUCAAGAUUUUCGUAUACAUUUUUACGAACAGGUUUUGGAGAUCACGUUGUUUUUUAAGACAACCCUUGACUCGAUAAAAGAAUACUGUAGUACGAACCUGAGAAAAUGCAUGCAGUGUUUUUAGAAUGAAUUGCUUUGACACACUAGAUUUAUGCAGCUAUACAUGCGUAAAGAAAUUCAUCUCAAACGUUCCCUGUGAGGAUUAAAAAUCGUUUAGUGACGUGAAAAGUGUUUUUUUCCUGAAACGGCUACACAGGUCACCCAGCUGGUCAGUUGUUUCUUAGCAGGUUUAUUCCAGUGGAAUCGUGUGUCCUACACAGCACCCCAAUGUGUCUUACUAAAUAUUCUUUCUGUGAGUGUUGACACUUUGAAUACAAGUCAAACUGAGCGAGUGGCCUUUUUUUUUUUUUUU